AUGAACUUGGUAGACACUGACAACCGUGUUAUUAUCAACGUGGGUGGUAUCCGACAUGAGACCUACAAGGCCACGCUUAAGAAAAUCCCGGCCACUCGUCUCUCUAGGCUUACAGAGGCCUUGGCUAACUACGACCCAGUUCUCAAUGAGUACUUCUUCGACCGUCACCCAGGGGUCUUUGCCCAAAUCCUUAACUAUUAUCGUUCCGGGAAGCUCCAUUACCCAACUGACGUCUGCGGGCCUCUGUUUGAAGAAGAGCUGGAAUUCUGGGGGUUAGAUUCCAAUCAGGUGGAACCAUGUUGCUGGAUGACCUAUACACAACACAGGGACACACAGGACGUGUUAGCUAUCCUGGAUCGCUUGGAUCUGGAUACAGACAAACCUACAGAAGAGGAUAUCAUGAGGAAAUUCGGUUUAGAGGAAGGCUAUAAGAAUGGCGAACUGAAUUGCUGGCAGCGGAUACAACCCAAAAUAUGGGCUCUGUUCGAUGAGCCUUAUUCCUCCACUGCUGCAAAGAUCAUUGCUGUUAUUUCCGUGUUUUUCAUCGUGAUAUCUAUACUUUCAUUCUGCUUGAAGACACAUCCUGAGAUGAGGGUUCCAGUUCUGCGAAACGCCACCUCCAUGACCGCCAACGGCAGCUACACUUGGCGGUUAGAAAAGCGAGAAACAGAACCUCACGAAGCAUUUUUCUACAUUGAAUGUGCCAGUAACGCCUGGUUCACUUUUGAGAUUAUCAUUAGGUUUGUGGUCGCGCCCCAUAAGUUAGACUUCUAUUUGGACUUUAUGCUAACGGAGCUGAAGCAAGAGAGCGAGAUGCUGGAGUUCUUUUCAAUUAUCAGAAUCAUGAGGCUUUGCAAGCUGACACGCCAUUCUGCAGGAUUGAAGAUCCUCAUACAUACUUUCAAAGCUAGUGCCAAAGAAUUAAUGCUUCUAAUUUAUUUCCUUGUUCUGGGAAUCGUUAUUUUUGCUGCUCUUAUUUAUUACGCAGAGCGAAUCCAGUAUAAUCCGGAUAACGAUUUCCAGAGUAUACCAGUAGGACUGUGGUGGGCCAUCGUAACGAUGACAACAGUAGGGUACGGUGAUAUGGUGCCAAAGACAUACGUCGGCAUGUUCGUUGGCGCCUUAUGUGCCCUGGCUGGUGUCUUAUGCAUUGCCCUGCCGGUUCCCGUCAUCGUGUCCAACUUUGCAUUGUUCUACUCACAUACGCAAGCUAGAUCAAAGUUGCCCAAGAAGAGAAGACGUGUUUUGCCUGUCGAAGCACCGAGGCCCAAAGCUUCUAAGGUCGCUGGGAUGGGAGGACCAGGCGGUGGUGUAGGAGGGCCUCAGACUCGACGGAUGAAUGCUAUCAAACACACGCAUCCUGGGUCUUUAGACGUUAAAAUCAAUAGGAUAGGUAACUAUCCAUUUAAUUGGUCUGUUUGUCUUACGAUGUCUUGUGACUGUAAAGUAUUUCGUACUAAUGUACCCAGCAUUGAAUGA